UCUGCCCCUCGUCGAACGAUAAAAUGGACCGUGGAAGAGGUGGACGUGGAAGAGGAAAUGCUUGGAGGAAUAACUCGAGAGGCUACCACAAUGGACAAAGCAACACGAGAAAUUCAAAUCCACAGCGACCUCACGAUGACCAACAUCAAGGAUCUGGAGGACGUGGAAGAGGUAGAGGACGGGGUGGUAUCGGUGGUGGAUUUAGUAGAGGAAACUUCAAGACUCCAAUGCCUUCAAGAAUGGAGCUAAUGGCCUCAGUCAGUCGAAGCAGUGGACUAGAAAGAGAUGGAGAUGACCUAAAGAACUACAAUAUCCAACAAGAAUACAGAGAGUUUAUCCAAGGAAAGCUUGACGGAUUCAGCAAGCGCUAUCCUUUGGAAAUACGGUCUGCGGACAAGCAGCGCAUCGAGGCUCAGGAAAAUCUUCUGAUUCUGUUCACUCCGCGAAGGCGUUUACGCCUCAAAACGACGCGACGAGUUCGCUCUGGAGGUUUACGAAACAUCCUUCUAUCUUUCCAUCAUCUUCAACUCGGCAAAGCAGAUAGCGGCUGUGAUGAACCAUCUGGUUCCCGGGACAUACGAAUCCGUCACUUGUCCCAAGCCACUGUGUCGCCCUACGAUCGUCCUAUCCCUGCUAUAUCACCUCGUCGCGUCGUACCCUUCGCAAACAACGUACCACCAUCACCUUCGCUCUAUCUCGGAUGAACUCCUUCCACGACGAUCAAACGCCCACAACUGGAUACGCUCCUUAGCAUCUGCUUUAAGAACCAGAAACUACUCCAAAUUUGCUCAACUCUACAAGAAGCAAUCAAUGUC